CAUUCAAAAGAUGGCACAAACAGAAAAUGGCUGACAUACAAUGAAAGUAAUCACUCUCUAUUCUGCUCAGUAUGUCUUGCAUUUGCAAAACCUUUAGGCAGUGACCGUGCAUUUGUCAAAGGAGGUAUGCAGGCCUGGAAACAUACCCAUCAGAGAGUACAGGAACAUGAGAGAAGCAGUAUCCAUAGAGAAAGUGCUGAAACCUUUUUUCUUAGAGUCAACAAAGCAGAUAUCCAUACCCUUCUGACUGAUAAGCAAAUGACCGUCCAUUGAGACCAGGUUAGAAAGAGAAGGCAGGUCUUGGAACGUGUGAUUGAUGUAGUGAAAGUUAUUGGUAAAUGUGACUGCAGCAGCAGAGGUGGCCUGGGAGUGGAGUUAAAUUCCCGGCCUGAAUUAUUGUCCCAGUCCGCCACUGGGUGCCAGUGCUCCCCUUGUUGUUCAGUGCCAGGUGCCAGUGCUCCCCUUGUUAUUCAGUGCCAGGUGCGACUGCUCCCCUUCUUAUUCAGUGCCAGGUACCAGUGCUCUCAGCAGAUAUUGUGAGGUACCGGUACACUGAAGAGAAAAACAAAUAGGUGCUGGUACUGUGUGACGCCCGCUCCGUCCGCUCCUCGUGUGUGCCACGCCCCCUAAUUACCUACGUGUGAUUCCCUGAUUGUGCCCAGUCGUGUCUUGUUUCCUGCUGCCUUGUUUCGUGUAUUUAAGUCCCUGUUUUGCAUUAACCCCUUGUCUGUCUUUGAUGUUCGUUCCCGUUUGAUGUACCCUUGGCCCCGGUAUUCGAUUAAACCCCUUGUUUUGCCCGUAUAUGCCUGUCCGCCUGCUCUUUGCCCGCCUGCCCGAGCGAUCGCCCGCUUUUAAACAGCACGAUCGCAGCCGAGCGUGACAUACUGCAUGCCUGGUGAAAUAUGGCCCAUAAUUAUGACUCCAAAUGAUCAGUGGACGUCUCUGCCUGUGACUGCAAACUGGCUGUAGUCAGACUGCGAUACAUAGGACCUGGUUUCCUUACAGUCAUAAUCAUCUAAACAAUGGCUCACCAAGAGGAGCUCACUGAAGAUGAGCUGAAUGAGAUUAAAUAUAACCUGAUCCACCUGGAAUAUGAAGAGUAUCAGCGCAUUCCCAGGGGUCAGCUGGAGAAAUUGGACAGAAUUGGCAUCGCCGACAUGAUGAUACGUUCCUAUGGUGAAGUCGGUGCUUUCAAGGUCACGCUUGAAAUCCUGAAGAACAUGAAUCUGAAUGACCUUGCUGAGAGACUGAACCUGCAGAAGUGUAACCAAGUAGGAAGUGAGCUGCUUAACAUAUUGGAGAAAAGGGAGCUAAUGCUGGACAGAAUAAAGUGUAACCUAAAGAAGCAAUUUCAGCGUAUAUUUGAAGGGGGAGCUAAGGAAGGACAGCCAACACUUCUCAGUGAGAUUUACACAGAACUCUACAUAACUGAAGGGGGAGCUGGAGGAGUCAAUGAUGAACAUGAAGUGAGACAGAUUGAAACAGCAUCCAAGAAAAGGCGAACAGAAGAUACUACAGUGAAGUGCAAUGAUAUAUUUAAACCCUUACAUGGGCGUGAGACACCUAUCAGAACUGUACUCACUAAAGGGGUCGCAGGUAUCGGGAAAACAGUCUCUGUUCAGAAAUUUAUUCUAGACUGGGCAGAAGGAAAAGCAAACCAGGACAUUCACUUAAUAUUUGCUCUUCCUUUCCGGAACCUGAAUUUGGUUAAGGGUGAAUUCAGUCUGAUUGAACUGCUUCACUGCUUUGAUCCAGAACUAAAGUCAUUUCAAUCCACUGAGCUGUUAAGGCACAAAGUUUUGUUGAUCUUUGAUGGUCUGGAUGAGUGUCGCCUUCCUCUAGAUUUCCAGAAAAAUGAGAGUUGGUUUGAUGUAACAAAAAAAACGUCACUGGAUGUGCUGUUGACUAACCUCAUUAAGGGGAAUCUGCUCCCAUCAGCUCUCCUCUGGAUAACCUCCCGGCCAGCAGCAACCAAUCAGAUACCUCCUGAAUGCAUCGACCAGGUGACCGAGAUACGAGGGUUCAGUGAUGCCCAGAAGGAGGAGUAUUUCAGGAAGAGAUUCAGUGAUCAGAGCCUGACUGAAAGGAUUAUCACACAUGUGAAAUCAUCAAGGAGCCUCUUCAUCAUGUGCCACAUACCUGUGUUCUGCUGGAUUUCAGCCUCUGUUCUUGAGAGUCUUUUUAGUGAGUCUGACAGUGGAGAAAUUCCAAGGACUCUGACUGAAAUGUACACACACUUCCUGAUCAUUCAGGGGAGUUUAAAAAAUGACAAGUAUAGGCUCCAGACCUCUGUGACCCAGAAUAGGACAAGCUGGUACAGAAAACUGAAGGAUGGAAGGAUGAAAAACAAUGAAACCAAGUCUAUUAAAUGCUUCCUUCUAAAACUUGGUAAACUGGCUUUUCGUAACCUUGAGAAAGGCAAUCAUAUUUUACGAGAAAGAUCUGGAACAGAGUGACCUUGAUGUCAGAGAAACUUCAGUUUACUCUGGAUUGUGCACAGAAGUCUUUAAAAAGGAGUAUGGGUUGUACCAGGAG